GACCUGUUACAGCAAGACAACAGGUAACAUUCCAAACCACUGCACCCAGCAAAAAGUGACAAUGUCACAUGAUUAUAUUGUGACAGAUUAUUUUGGGGGAUUAAGAAGAGGAAACACGGAUAAUUCAGUCAUGACCUGGCAAGGCAUCAUUGGUUGGAAAGACAAUGAAGAACUUGUCAGGUCCACCAACUACUGUGAUUAACAAAAAAGUGGAAACAUUCUGACAACAGCUUCCACUAGAGAAUGGUACCAGUGAUGGUAAAGAGAACAAAUGAGAUGAUAACCAUAGAACUGAAGAAUGGACACUUCAUUUAAUCUCCGUGUGAAGAUACCCACCUCCCAAACACACAUCAAAGUUGUAGUAACUCGCAAAGAAGAGGAAAGGAGACGAACACCAAAGAAGAAGAAGGCAGGCCGAUGUAUGCGAAAAGAGGGAGGUGUGUACCAAUCACAGCCAAGUAAACAUGUUGGCUUCCUGGCACAGGAACACGGCAUCUGUGAUCAUCCCGCUGUUUUCCAUCUCACCUCCACCUUCUCUUCAGGCCCCCAAAGGACAGUGGGCAUCACAAGGGAAGGUGCUUCUCACAUGUUCCAACAGGUGUCAAGCACAUGUUUGUACUCAACUGACAAGCUAAUAACUAACACCAUCAUGGAUCCCGGGCAGACCAACCGCUUUACGCCCUCUGAUGCCCCCUACCAUCCUACUGCAGAAUACUUCCCAUGGGAUCUGCGCUAUCAACUUGUUGGCAUGGGUUUUGCCUUCUAUGCAACAAUCUUCAUUGUCUCCCACCUUCUGUCUGAAGCACUGUCCCACACCUACCACUCUCUUCUUGCUAAGGAGAAGGUUUUCUGGAACCUGGCAGCUACCCGGGCAGCAUUUGGCAUCCAGAGUUCAGUGGCUGGUCUCAGAGCUCUCACUCAGGACUCCGUCCUGAGCAGAGACAUAGUCAGAGGACAGGAGUACUGGUCGUGGUUCAAUGUCGCCACAGCCACAGGGUUCUUUGUGUUUGAGAAUGUAGCAUUUCACACCUCUGGUUUGAUAUUUCGGUCACUUGACCUCCCACUGGCAACGCACCAUUUAUUCGCCUUGGCAGGAUAUGCAGGGGUAGUGGUGUCUGAUGAAAUGGGACACUUCCUGCCCAUGGUGACGCUGUUGCUGGAGAUGAGCACACCCUUCACUUGCAUUUCCUGGAUGCUUCUGAAGGCCGACUGUGCCCGCAGCCUGUUUUGGAAAGCGAACCAGUGGAUGAUGAUACACAUGUUCCACUGUCGCAUGGUCCUCACUUACUACCUUUGGUGGGUAAGCCUGACCCACUGGGAAGGAAUCACAAACAACAUUGGCCUGUCUUUACGCCUCAUCUUCUUCGUUGGCCUGGCUCUGCUUACGGUCAUCAUCAAUCCAUUGUGGACGCACAAGAAAACCAUGCAGCUGCUCAAUCCUGUCGACUGGAACUUUGGUAAUAAGCUGGUACCUGAGAACAACUCUACAGGGAACCAGGCUGAUGUUCCUGUCAAACCCCAUUCCAGCUAAGGAGUAACAGAACUCAGUCUUCUGCUUAUUUUUUUAAAUUUUCUUCUGGUCUUAACUUAUUUUUAAAGGGUCCAUUAAAAUGUAUCGCAGACUAAUAGGUAAAUGGUUUGGUGAGAACUACCUGGGUCUACCUACCUACCUUUUUAUUUUACCGUAUGUUAAAAAAUGAAUGAAACUUUGACUUUACACUUUGUAUGAAUGAUCUUUGGAAGUAUCAACUGACAUAGUUUUUAUUUUAACAUGUGAUAAGGUCAUUCAUAUUUGACAGUACUUACAGAGUGGGUUACUACCAGGUGAAAUGAACAAUGAAGCCACUACAAGAAUAUUUGAAAUAUUUUUCACUGAAAUAGUACAAAAUAUAAAACAUAUUGGUAUAAAAUACAAAACAUGGAAUAACAUCCAGAUUUGGCCAGCACUUGAUUGGUCCUUUUUACGAUGCAGUUAUUCAAAUCUGUUUUGGUAGUAUCGGUGAUAUUGUGGUACGAAUGCAGUGAGAUUGGUUACUCGAGUUCUUUUUAACAGUAUUUUUCAUCCAGUGUUUUUUCUGUGUUUCUGAUUGUUAAGAAACAAAUAUCUAUUGUGACAUAUCUGAAACAGUGUUGAUGCAGACUACAAUUGAAUUCCAUGGGUCGGUUAACUGAAAACAUGUGAAACAGUAGACCCAACAAACCUUUUUCCACCUUUUUAGAAAUGAAGACAACUGUCUUCUCACACUAAAUUAUUGAUGUCUACACCUUAUUACCUCAAUGUCACGGCUCACUGUCUUAUAAUUACAUACAUUAUCUGAUUGUUAGUAUUUCUUUUAAAGCUCUUAGCAUCAAAUUGUGGGGGUUUAUUUCCGCUAAAGAGUAUUCAGAAUUGGUAUUAACAGUUGGGAGAAGGUUUUCCUGUUACAUCUGUGCCAUAUGCCAAACGCACCACCUUUAUCUUUUGUAUUACAAAAUGUGUUCUUUUGAAUUGGAGCUACCAAAUAAAAUAUCUGUUGACACAGCAAAA